AUGAACCCACGUACACCCUCUCCCCGCAAGCGUGUGUUUCGUACUGCUGGUGGCAGAGACGCGGCAGGUCUUCCUCCUCCGCCUCUGUUUCAAGUUCCAGAAGGCCAAAGUAACUUUGACGAAACAACACUCAACUACAAUGACCUGAGAUUGCAUCGCAAGGGUCCUUCCAAGCCAUCGUCUCGGUAUCCCAAAGGAUGGAAUGAGUCUGUCGAGAGCUGGGAGGAACGCUACGUUCGAUCUCCAACCAGCUUUCCCCAUUCACCAUCGGCUUUCUAUUCUCCGGCACCAUCCAUGAUGACAGCAACUACGGCACCAAUGACUGCGACUCCUACUGAAGUGGAUAUUUCGGUAUACAGCAGCACUACCCAAAACAAUCCAUACUUUAUUCCAAUUACUACCUUGAGCCCCGACGCAGUGCCCUACUGCCAGCCAAUGUCACCACCACCAGCUUAUCUAUCUACUCUUCACGCAAACAGUCGCCACGGAUCUCGAGCGUCCACCCCUACCAGUCAUCACAACAGCACGUCCAAUUAUGAAUACAACAACAACAGUAACAACAGUAACAACAGUAACAAUGCCAAUGCCAAUCCUCCUGGCUUUUCCACUCCUCGUCGAAGUCCCACCAAGCAGCGUCGAGCACCCAAUUCGGCCUCCAGUGUCGGAAGUGCCAUGGACGACCCCAAUCGCAAACAACGCAUCAAAACGGAACUUUGCAUGCAUCACCGCAGAGGCAACGAUUGUCCAUUUGGGGAAAAGUGCACCUAUGCUCAUGGAGAAGAAGAGCUCCAAUUGACCCGAUUGAUGGACAUGCAACGUGCCGGACUCAUUGAAGAUGCCGAAACCUAUCGCACCAAGCCUUGCUGGACCUACGUUGCCACUGGAUCUUGUCCAUUUGGAAGACGUUGUGGUAGCAUUCACGAUCCUCGCACUACUGGCACUGUCUCUUCUUGGCUCCCACACACGGAAACCCAAGGCAACAGCAUGUCCACGGACAUCAAUGUCGAUGGCUUGCACCAAAAGCGCUUGCACUCCAUUCAAUAUGGGAAUCCCUUUGGGGAUCAGUUUUCCAUUGAAUUGGACGAUUUUGCAGAUCUCUACAAAUUGAUCUGCAACAAUACCAGUAGCAACAAGCGUCGGCGCAACAACCUUUCCGAAAUUCACAAGCUAUCCAUGGCACUGCAAAUGCGAGGAGAGGCGGGUUGGAUGUACAAGUAUCGUCCACAGCAUUUUAUUCGUGGUACUCUUUGCAUGGUGCUACAAAAGAGGGCCUUUCGGUUGGAGAAAUCGGGCACGGCACUUCCUAUACCAUUGAACAAGUACAAGGCUGAGCACUCGGGACACAUUCUGGUUCGAGAACUCGCCUUUGGUCCUGAUUCGGAUCCUUCCGUGAGAGGUGUAGCACUUUACUUCAACAUUCCCAAAGAGGAUGUCUCCGAAUGCACACCCCAGCAGGCCAAGCGCUAUCGUUGGAAAAAGAGUUCUGGAGCUCGCGAAAACAACAGGGACAAGCUUUCAAUCUUUGAUAAACAAGAAUGCUUUGUCAUGAUUCGUCCCUUUGAGAAGGAUCCCUUUGAUCUUGCCACAAGAAUCCUCCAACACCGAUUCGAUACGGUCAAGGCGGAACGGCUCUCCGCCUUGAAGCAACGCUUUGCAGUCAUGAAGAAACUCACCAAGGAAAAGGAAGAUCUUCGCGAUACCUUUCAUAUCCACAAGAAAGACUGGAUCAAAUGGAGCUGGCCCGUAUGUUUUGGACGCCAGAAUGUCGACGAGGAUACCUGUGUUCCUUCUGUCGAAGCGGAAUACAUUCCGAUUGUGGAUUCGGGAGCCAUCAUGGAUGACGAUGCAGGGUCCGAAGCGAUCAAGGGAUCUGCCAUUCAGCCACUGUGGGAAUCUUUCGUUGCGCAGGUCAACAAGUUCGAAGAACAGGUCGGAGAGAUUGACGAUGCACCUCGAGUCAAGAAGAAUUUAUUCUCAUCCUUGGACGAUCUUGCUCCUCGGACGGAUGGUACAAGUCGACUUGUUAUUUUCAAGCGCCUGGCAUCGGGGUAUCAAGUAUGCCAGAAUCGAUCUCUCCCACACAUCAAGAGCGCCACGAAGGAUGCAGUUGAAAAUCAGAUACUCGGUCGUCAGAGUGAACGCUGCUGGAAAGCACUCUUGCUGAAGAAGCACGACAACGAGUUCGCCAAAAAUGGCAACGAAUGGGAAGUUGUCCAAGGUCACUUCCAAAAGUCUCGAUCCAACAAAGUCUUGAAGAUCAUCCAAGACUAA